UAGUUCUCUUCCGGGACACCUCAGAACCUGCACGGUGACUUCUACUCUCAUGUCCCCGGUUCUUCCCCCGUGUCUCCUCGGUCCUCAGCCCCGCUCUGACCCGCCGCUCCGAGCACUCUAUCCCGGACGAAACAGAAAGCUCUCCCCCGGUCCUCGCUGCUCCGGCUGGGUCUGAACCGUGAGCCGGGGCUAGCUGGGAGGCUAGCGGGGUGUUAGCAGCGCAGGCGGCCGGGAGAAGGCUCGGUCCGGUCGGACAGAAGGAGCGAAGGUAUGGGAGGAGGGAACCACAACAAGGAGGUGGAGGAGAAGACAGCGACCCGGGGCCAGAGUGAUGUGAACAAACGGCUGAAGUACGUGAGCCUGGUGGUGCUCGUGUUCCAGAACGCGUCGCUCAUCCUCAGCAUCCGGUAUGUCCGCACGCUGCCGGGGGAGCGCUUCUUCACCACCUCCGCCGUGGUCAUGGCCGAGCUCCUGAAGGUCCUGACGUGUCUGCUCAUCAUCCUGCUGCAGAAGAGACUGAACGUGAAGGAGACGGUGUUGUUCCUGCUGGACGCCAUCGUGUUCCAGUACAAGGACACUCUGAAGCUGUCCGUCCCUUCGCUCAUCUACACGCUGCAGAACAACCUGCAGUACGUCGCCAUCUCCAACCUGCCCGCCGCCUCCUUCCAGGUGACGUAUCAGCUGAAGAUCCUCACCACAGCUCUGUUCAGUGUCAUGAUGCUCAGAAAGUCUCUGUCCAAAGUCCAGUGGGUGUCUCUGCUACUGCUGUUCGCUGGAGUCGCCAUCGUACAGGUGCAGCAGCAGGAGGGGAACAAGGAGGCGUCGGACAGCUCCAACCAGAACUACAUGGUGGGUCUGAUCGCCGUCGUGAUCAGCUGCCUGUCCUCGGGCUUCGCUGGUGUUUACUUUGAGAAGAUCCUGAAGGGGACCUCCGCCUCCGUCUGGGUGAGGAACGUGCAGCUGGGGAUCUUCGGCAUGGCGCUCGGCAUGCUGGGACUGUGGUGGAACGACGGCCCCGCUGUGGCCGAGCACGGCUUCAUGUUCGGCUACACCGACAUGGUGUGGUGCGUCAUCUUCAACCAGGCGUUCGGCGGGCUGCUGGUGGCCGUGGUGGUGAAGUACGCCGACAACAUCCUCAAGGGCUUCGCCACGUCCUUCUCCAUCAUCGUGUCCACGGUGAUGUCCAUCUACCUUUUCAGUUUCCACGUGGACAUGCUCUUCACGGUGGGGGCGGGGCUUGUCAUCGGGGCCGUCUACAUGUACAGCCUCCCCAAAGCGCCCGGCGGCGGCUCCUCGUUCCCGAGCUCCGUGCUGUCGCCAUCGUCGGUGCUGCCGAAAACAGGGGGAGACGUGGAGUUGGAGGCGUUUCUGCCAAAGUUUGCAGGUAAGGAGAAAGGAUCCUGAGAGGACGAGUGGAUCUGAGAGACGUCUGAUGGACAUUUGGACAAAAGCUGCUGAGCUCUCAGAAUGCCUGAAAAUCUAAACCUGGACUAUACAGUGUUAUUUUAAUUUUCUUAUUAGGGCCCGAGCACCGAACGGUGGGAGGCCCUGUUGAAAUUGUAAGGAUUCUUCUUAGCAAAUUAGUAAAAUCUUAGUAAAUUAGAAAUUGGUGAAAAUGUACGUAUUCUGGAGUAUUUGGAAAUGGGUGCGGCAAAAAAGCUCAACAGCACCACCUACGGGAAAGCCCCUCAUUUAGCAUUCACCGGUCCUCACUAAAAUGAGGACAGUUGUGUACCAUCUGAAUGUCCCCCCAC